AUGGGGCGCGGCCGUCCCAAGAGGCGCCCUCCGAAUCCCUCCGAGUCGUCGGAGGACGAGGCGUUCAUGAUGCCGAUCGGCGCGGCGGUGGAGGUGCGCAGAGACGACCCCGGUUUCGCCGGCUCCUUCUACGAGGCCACCGUCGCCAGUCACCUGCUCUCAGACGGCGGCCACGGGCGCUACACGGUGUCCUAUUCCACGCUCCUGGGCGAGGAGGCUGAGCCGCUCAGGGAGACCGCAGCCGCCGCCAACGUGCGGCCGCGGCCGCCGCCCGAGGAAAGGGAGUUCGUGAUUCACGAGAUGGUGGAGGCGUUCCACAGCGACGGGUGGUGGGCCGGCGUAGUCGCCGCCGUUGUCCCGCCAACGGUGACGGGAGAUCGCCGGCGGAGGGCGUACAGGGUCACGUUCCCCACGUUGCGGGAGACGCUGCAGUUCGAGGAGACGGAUCUGCGGCCGCACCGCGUGUUCCAGUGUGGGCGGUGGGUCCCGGCUGCAGAGGUGGGCAAGGGAAGUCCUUUGUUCAGUGAGGGGAAUCAAGUUGAAGUGAGUCAUUUUGCAAGAAACUUUAGUGGAUCCUGGAAUCCAGCUACUGUUCUUAAAGUGAUUGGUGCUACACAUUUUCUAGUACAGUACAUGCAUAUUGGGAAGGAUGAUGAAUCGGCCACUGAGAUUCUAGAUUCACAAUAUAUCCGGCCAUCACGCGACAUCACCAAUAUGGAUUCUAGGUACAGAUUUUCUCCUGCAUCUCAUGUUGAGGUCCUUCAUGAAGGUGGCUGGCGGCCUGCUAUUAUUGUGAAGGUUUUAGGUUCUGAAAUCAACAAGAAGUAUGUAGUGAACUUGAAGAAUCCCAAGACAGACAUGGAUGACGUGGAACCUGUGGAUGUUCUGACGGUGGAAAGUACGCAGCUACGGCCACGGUUUGACUGGGAUGGUAAAAAAUGGGUACGCUGCUUGAAAAAGCCUUCGCUCCAAACUUAUGUCCAUGAGAUGCAUCCAUUCCAGAAACCUUGUAAUGGUCCUCGAUUAACUUCUCGAAAAAGGCCAAUUCCCGCCUUCUAUGAUGACUCGGAUAAAGUAAGUAAUAAACCUGGUUCUCGUCGUGACAAAAAGUUGAAGGAUGAAGAUGUGACAUCAGAACAAAUUUCUCCUGUUUUGUCCAUUCGUAAGGAAAACAAUGAAAUUAUUCAUAAGCAAGGAAAUGCAGCAGUGGCAUUGAGAUCUGGGUUGUCCCUUACUUCACUGCCACAAAUGGUGGCAUUUGGCUCUCUGAGUUCAUCUACACUUGCUCCAGGCUGUCAUCUUGAACAAUCAUCUUCUCAGAUGAUUAUCGUACCCUCUAUGGCACAAAAUCGACAGAUUCAGGCUUCUCUGUUUGAAGGUUUUGGUGAACCAAGACCUGUCCCACAGGGCCCACUAUUAGGAACGCGAUCACUUGGCUCAGAUUUUCGCAUCAUUGAAGGGUCAAAAAAUGUAUUAAGCGGUCAGGAUAAGCAAUCAACUGUUGGAACUGGGACUGAACUGUCCAGGCAAAUGGAGAAAGGUGUUUCUUCUCAAACAACAGUGGUUCUAGGGGAGAACCCUGAAACUAUACAGCCAAUGAAAGGGAUAACUGCUCCUGCUAAAGCUACUGAGGAAGACAUGGCAGAACUGCCUAAUGAUGUGACUGCUGGGUGUGAAACACUUCCAGAAAUGGAUGAACUGAGUUGUAUUGACCCGACAUCACGAAAGGACACCGGAGGUUCAGAAGCAGGUAAUGGAAGAAAUGAUCUUGAGCAAGAGGGCUACACAGGUGAAGCACAUGAUUCUUGCUGUCCCUUGUUGUCGGUAUCAGCAGCUGUGCAUGAGAGUAUCAUGGACACGAAUGGCCGGGUUUCAGAAGCUUUGGCAUGCCAGCAUCUUCCAUUUGUGAAGACCUCCCCAAUGUGGGCACACCUUGAGGGACUGGAAAUAUUCAGGAAAGCACCACAGCGACCAAAUUUCCAUCAGUUCGAGCAGCAUGGUCAAGAGAUCUGUGAAGGACUGGCAUUAGGUUUGAUGCUCUCUUUUGCUAUUUUAGCAGAAAGCAUAAACAGGCUGAAUGCUCUGGACGAUAGUAGACUACUCGAGCAGAAGAUGACGGGCCUUGCUUUGCUUGAGGCAGAUGGUUUUGAUGUCAAGGACCUGAGAUCACGCGUGGAAACUUUACUCCACGCAAAAAAUAGUUGCGUUGAACCACAGGAUUCCAUGAGAAAGCUGGAGGAGAAGAUUGCUCACAAAGAAACCAAGGACCAAGAACUUGGCACGCAAGUUCGGUCGCUGGCUAUGGCUGUCCAUCAUCACGAUCUACAUGCCUAUCUCAUGCGCAACGUCAUGCGGUCUACCAUCACACAGAAGAUGAACAAUGCUAUGGAGAUCUCAAGGCUCAAGACAGAAGCGAACAAGCUUAAGAGAUCGUGUCUAUCCAAAUCACCGUCGCCGUGCCACGGUGAGUUUGGAGGUGAGCAAGUCAGCACGUCUUGA